AUGAGAGAUGGCAGGGUUCGGUUCACCACCUCGCACCGCCUGCACCCCAACUACAUUGAAUCGGAUCCCAACCCCGCGCCGUCUCGAGGACUGACGCUUAUGAACGUCCAGGCUCUCCGCUCGCGUCUGCACAGUCGGGAGGUCUCGGAACGUAAGCAGGUCGGAGACGCCGAGAGUCUUUUCCACGCGGAGCAGCAGCUCUGGAAAGACGAGGAUGUGUAA